CAGUUUCGUCUAGCAUUUCAAAGUGUUCAGACCACAUAAAAAUUGCGGCUUUAAAAUGUCAAAUGAAGAAGAAAGGAAAAUAAAUUUCAUUCAGAAUAGCUUGCCGAAAUUAAUUCAAAGUCAUAAUGAAGAGUUUCGGGAUCAAAUAAUUGUAAGCUGCGAUGUAAGAGGAAAUGAACAAUUGGAUGGAUUUAUGUCGUCACUUUAUUUUUUGAAUAUGAGAAUGAAGUAUGCUGAUGGAAGUGGCACAAAGGUUUACAAGAUGAUCGUUAAAAUAAUGAAAGGUGAUGAGAAUUUUCGUAAUGAGACAAAUGCAGCUGCUUUAUGCCUGAAUGAGCUUCACAUAUACCGAGAUGUUAUUCCAUAUUUUCAAAAGUUUCUUGUAGACAUAAACAUCAAAGCUUUUGAUCCACACCAAUGGGUACCGAAAGUUUAUUUUGCGGAUGCUAAAAUCAUCGAGGAACUUGGUGACAAUGAGGAAACAAUUUUAGUGAUGGAAAAUUUGACACCGAAGCAUUUUCGUAUGGGUCCACGUGUUGAUCUUGAUGAGCCUCAUUUAGAACUUAUGGCGAAGCUAAUUGCUUCAUAUCAUGCUGUAUCAUAUGCUAUGAGAAUCAAUCAAGAUCCAAUGUUGGAAAAACUUGUGAAAGGAUUAAUUCCAUACUCAUUUUUCGCAUCUGAUGGCAGCGUUCUUGAUGCUCAACAGACAUUUUACAAAACUGGACUAAAGAGAGUCUUCAAUUGUGUCAUUAAGGACGAAAAACUUCAUGCAAACAAAAAAUUCAUUCAAGAUGUAAAAAAUUUAAAAAAAGUUGCAUUUGAGCAUCCAUUGAAAUUUAUGGAAAGCUUCUUAGCCAAGGAUGAAGUAUUUUCGAUAAUUCUUCAUGGUGAUUACAACCGCAAUAAUGUCUUAUUUCAUUAUAUGGAACCAGAUGGCUAUGAUGAGCCAACAGACAUAAGAAUGAUUGAUUUCCAAGAAGUAAGGUAUGGCACACCAGCAAUUGAUAUUGCAUUCUUCAUGUACAUGAACAUGCCUGGAGCACUACGUGAAGAGUAUUGGGACAAAUUACUUAAAAUUUACCAUAAAACUCUCACCAAAUGUCUGAGAGAAAUUCUCAACUGCUACAAAGAUGAUCCUCGCCUCAAACCUUACGAUUAUGACAACUUCAUUGCUCAUUUUAACGAAAAUGCUCUCUAUGGAGCUGUUGUUGCCAUGGUUUUUAUUCCAAUGAUGGCAUGUCCAGAGGACGAAUGUGCAAGAUUAACAGAACUUUAUGACAAUGACUUUUUAAGUAAGGAACUUGAAGAAUUAACGCUAAGUUGCGGUGGCAGAAAUGUUGAUAAUAGAAUUAUUGAAAUUUUACAGCAUGCCAGUAAGAAAGGAUAUUUAGACAUUUUAAAGUAAUUAUGUAUUUAUAUGUAGAAUGUUUUCGAGAAUGUUUUGCAUAGCAAAUUCUCGGAUUAGUUUCUGUUGCCUUAGGAU